AUGGGGGUGAACGCCUUCCGGCCCUUCAAUACGAAGAAUAACGCCGCAGGCCUCAUCGCGGCGGUUCAAGUCCGCUACACGGACGGGUCUACCGAAGUAUUCGGCACGGACGGAACUUGGCUUGGUGCGGGCCCGAAUAACACGCAGUCGGCCUCGACGUACCCCGUCGGUUUCCCGCUGCCGUCUGCGGAUCAAGUGGGUUUGCUGACCAGCGGGAUUGGAUGGUCCAACGUCAGCGUCGCGGGACUGUGGAACACCGUCGGGUCGUGGGGAAAUACCUCGCUCCUCCCUUCCCCGGCGUUCGGGGUGCAGAACCUGACCGGGCAAGCGUCGUGGAUCUGGAACUCGGGCAACGCGUCCGCGGGUUUCGUGGGAUUCCGUAAGACGCUCGUGGCCCCGGAUGGGAAAACGCCCGCCAACGCAACGUUGUUGGUGACAGCGGACAGCGCGUUUCAGCUGUUCGUUGAUAGCGCCUACGUCGGCGCGUCGCCGUUCGACGAUAACGCAUCCGGGAGCCCCCGCACCUGGCAUUUCGCCCAGCGAUUUGCGGUCCCCAUCAUUGCGCAGACCACAACCUUCGAUAUCAUUGCCCAAAACUUCUCCGCACAGCAGAACGCCAGUGCGGGCGUCCUCGCCGCCAUUCUCAUCCAAUACAAGGACGGAUCGAGUCAGAUGAUCGGCACCGACAACACGUGGCUAGCCUCCGGCGCACUGGACAGCAACAAUCCCAGCGCGUUUGUCGCCUCGGAUUCGAAAUCUCUCAGCAUGGCGUCUGUGCUCGGGUCGUACGGCACGGCGCCCUGGGGCCAGCUGACCGGGACGUCCGAUGUACUCAAUGCUGCGCUGCUGCCGGCCAACGUCCCGGUCGCCGCUGGUCCACCAACAUCCAUCUUGAAUUUACCCCCUCCGACGACUACGACGACGUCGACUCCCGGGGUUUCAUUCCCGCACAGACGAGUGUCCUUUCCGUUCCGACGCAGAGUUCCAAGACCAGCCAAUCUUCAAGCGCGGCCGUCGGUCUUGUCCAAAUUUCCUGGUAUUCUAUCCUUCUUGUCGGUUUCUCUGCGGCCGCUCUCAUGA